GAUGGCUCUCAACCCUCAAGUGACCAACCUGGUCAUCAUCCUCUUCAUGAUGCAGGUAUCCAAGAAGGUGCCUUUUGAGGACCCCAAUGUCCUGAUGGGAGUUCGCGCACUCUACAUCGUAUCCAACCUCAUCAUUGCCGGUAUCUACCUCUAUGUGCAGGCACAGAUCAACGCAAAGAAGGAUCUUACCGUGAUCAAGUACGUUGAGCCCGCACCCAUGGGUUCGACCGAGGAGCCCAAGCCCGUCACCACCACUGUGCACGCAUACGAUAGUCAGCAGCUCCGCGGCUUGUUCAAGAGUCAGGUUAUGGGUGUUGGCAUGAUGGCCGUCAUGCACCUCUACUUCCAGUACACCAACCCUCUUCUCAUCCAGUCUAUCAUCCCCCUCAAGGGCGCCUUUGAGGGCAACCUUGUCAAGGUGCACCUUUUCGGACAGCCCGCUGUUGGCGAGCUCAAGAGACCCUGGAAGGCAUCUGGUGGUCUCAUGGGCAUGCAGGGUGCCGGCGACAUCAAGACCGACAAGAAGAGUAUCGAGGCUGCCGAGAAGGCCGGGCGUGGUGGUGCUAAGGAGGAGUAGAGAGUAUGAAGCACGAGCGAUGUACGAAACAGGUAGAAGAACAGGACGUAUCUGCAGCUGUGUGUAGGUUCAAUAUGCUACAGCGCAUUGGAACAAGCGUUCUCGACAUGACGAAGGAUAAAGCAAUAGCCAAAUAAUUCUUGCAUGGCAUUUCAUAC